CUUGCGUCCAUGUCGGCGCGAGGCCGGCAGGGGGCAGCCUAGAGGCCCGGCGGCCGAGCCUGCGGUGUUGCGGCUGUGGCAGCUAUGCGAAGCGCCGCCCUCUGCGUCCCUCCCUUCCAUCUCCUCCUCCGUCUGGUUGCUCCAUCCUCCUCCUCCCAGAGGCCGCCGCCGUCUCUGGCUUCCCCGGCAGCGCGGCGGAAGUCUUGCAAAACGAGCUGCCUUCGCUCGUCUCCUCACGACGCGUCCCGUCAAGGCGACCCAGAGAAGGAAAAAGAAAAGAGAGGCGCGCGUCUGCCUGCUGAGGCGAAGUGAGCCGAGUCCAGCCCGCCGAGACGGGAGAAGCGGCGCUAUUUGAGCCUCAGCGACGCCGGCAGCAUGGCAGACGGCGUUCGUUCCUUGCUCGGUGGUAGCCGCGGCUCUAGCCCCGCUUCCAGUCCCCUCGUGGGGAGAGGCAGUAAGAGCCGCUCGCUGCCUACUCCGUCGUCUUCCUCGCCUUCGUUGUUGCAGCAGCAGCAGCAGCAGCAGCAGAAAAAGCAAACGCCGCCCGCGUCCCCCAAACAACAGCAGCAAACAGCUCGUGGGAGCGCGCCCGGGCACUGCUUCAAGAGGGUGACCCUCACCAAGCCUACCUUCUGUCACUACUGCACCGACUUCAUCUGGGGGCUGGCGGGGUACCUGUGCGAAGUUUGCAAUUUUAUGUCUCAUGAGAAGUGCCUGAAGCAUGUGAAGAUACCAUGCUCCUGUGUUGCUCCAAGUCUUAUCAGGGUCCCAGUUGCUCAUUGUUUAGGUCCUCCAGGGCAUUACAAGAGAAAGUUCUGUGCUGUGUGCAGAAAGCAACUGGAGUCUCCAGCAUUUCGCUGUGAAGUAUGUGAGUUACAUGUGCAUACAGAUUGUGCCCCAUUUGCUUGUAGUGACUGUCGUCAGUGCCAUCAAGAUGGUCAUCAGGAUCAUGAUACAUACCAUCAUCACUGGAGGGAGGGAAAUCUUUCUUCAGGUGCACGUUGUAAGGUCUGCAAGAAAACAUGUGGCUCUUCAGACGUUCUCUCUGGUAUGAGAUGUGAAUGGUGUGGUGUUCUGGCUCAUGCUGCUUGCUAUGUGAUUGUACCUCCAGAAUGUACAUUUGGAAGACUAAGAAACAUGAUUCUUCCUCCAAACUGUGUGCACUUAUUUUCCCGCAACUUCAGUAAAAUGCACUGUUUUCGGAUAUUGGAAAGCUUACAAACAGAAGCAGAUGAUGACGACGAUGUUGAUAGUUCAACACAAUUAUCGCUGAAAGAAUCCCAGGUUUCCACAGACUCAAAUGCAACUUUGCUUUUAGGCAAACAAAUCUUGAAAAUAUAUGAUGGGAAUGAUGCAGUAAAACGCAACCAGUAUCGGCUUAUUACGGUCCCAAGGAUUGCAAAAAACGAAGAAGUUGUGGAGGCUGCGCUGAGGUCAUAUUACAUUAAUGUUGAUCACCAAGAUUAUGAACUUCAGACAUUCACUCAGCAGGCCUUGUUUUGUGAUGACAUCAUUAAUAGGAAUGAUACAACAGAGGAGACCCAGCCCGGGUCUGUAUUCCAAGAAGCUGUUCCCGAAGCUUGGAUCAUCAGAGCCAAACCUAGAGACAAUGAAGUCAUAAAAAUUUAUCCUGCUUGGCUAAAGAUUGGAAUGGCCUGUGCCUCAAUACGAGUAAAUAAAGCAAGCACUACCAAAACGGUGAUUAAAGAAGUUCUUCCGUUGCUUGGAUACCAGUCGGAAACCUUUCAAAACUUCAGACUGGUGGAGGUAUUCAUGGGCUCCAAGCAAGUUCAGCGAAUGGUACUGGAUGAUCAUGAAUUGAUUCUCAGCAGAUUCCAAGACAUAAGAAAGACUUCACUACGUCAGAUGAAUCAAACAAGAUUUUACAUUGCAGAAAACAAUAUAUCAGUUGUGCGGGUUCAUUUGUUUGUUGGUGGUCUGCCACCUCAUCUCUCUACUGAAGAAUAUGCAAACAUUCUCAAAGAUGAAUUAGCCCUCAAAACAAAUCUAGUUUCUGUGAGCCACGUAUAUUCAUCUCAAGGUGCUGUUGUACUAGAAAUUUCAUGUUUUUCUGAAGCUGAAAGGCUGUAUAUGCUAGCUAAAGACACCACUGUUAAUGACAAACCACUAACUGCAGUUGUCAUCCCUAAAGUUCUGCACACCAAGCUUCCUCAGAACUGCUGUCCUUUGCUUGUAUUUGUGAAUACAAAAAGUGGAGGCCUUAAAGGUCGGGAUUUGCUGUACAGUUUUAGAAAAUUAUUGAACCCUCAUCAAGUCUUUGAACUAACAAAUGGAGGCCCACUGCCUGGGUUUCAUACGUUCUCUCAAAUUCCCUAUUUCCGAAUAUUGGUGUGUGGUGGCGAUGGCACUGUUGGUUGGGUUCUUGGUGCGCUGGAAGAGAUCAGGCACAAGCUCGGCUGUUCAGAGCCAUCCGUGGCUAUUGUACCUUUAGGAACAGGUAAUGACUUGGGGAGGGUACUGCGCUGGGGUGCUGGAUAUAGUGGUGAAGAUCCAUACUCCAUUCUGAUAUCUGUAGAUGAAGCCAAUGAUGUGCUUAUGGAUCGCUGGACCAUCCUUUUAGAUGCUCAAGAGGCUAUUGAAAGUGCAGAAAAUGGUGUGUUAGAGCCUGAGCCUCCUAAGAUUGUACAGAUGAACAAUUACUGUGGUCUCGGAAUUGAUGCAGAGCUGAGUCUUGGCUUUCAUCACGCUAGGGAAGAGGAACCAGACAAAUUCAACAGCAGGUUUCACAACAAAGGUGUCUAUGUGAAAGUCGGAUUGCAGAAAAUGAGUCACACUAGAAAUCUUCAUAAAGAAAUAAAACUUCAAGUGGACCAGCAUGAAGUUGAGCUUCCAAAUAUUGAGGGCCUUAUUUUCAUUAAUAUACCCAGUUGGGGAUCUGGUGCUGAUCUUUGGGGGUCUGAUAAUGAUAAUCGGUUUGAGAAACCAAGAAUUGACGAUGGCUUACUGGAAGUAGCGGGUGUUACUGGAGUUGUUCACAUGGGUCAAGUCCAGGGUGGUCUACGUUCAGGCAUCCGGAUAGCCCAGGGCUCCUACUUUCGUGUGACGCUUCUGAAGCCAAUUCCUGUACAAGUAGAUGGUGAGCCCUGGAUCCAGCCACCAGGCCAGAUAAUUAUUUCUGCUUCAGGACCAAAGGUUCGUAUGUUAAAGAAAUCAAAACAGAAACAGAAAAAAACAGGAAAUUUAAAAGAUUCAAGAAAUGAGAGCAUGCUGGUCAGUGAAGUGGGGCACUGAUGAAAGAUGAUAUCCACAGAACAAAUGCAGCACACCUACUGUGGAUGAGGUGGAUCUGCCUGGUAAACUGCAUUGUACAGUUCAGGUUAAGAAAGGUCGCUUAUGAGGCUGCUGUUAUUAUAUUGUUUGUUAUACAGUGCCUAUCCUGUGGCUGACAUGCGAUUUAGUUUAUGCAUCACAAGUUGGUCAGAGACAUUUGUGUUGAGUAGCCUUUCCAUAAACCAUUAACUAAUUUAUGCUUUAUGCCAAUAGCCAAUAAACCAGAGAUCUGAUUAUGCUGUACUUUUUAUACUAUGUUUUUUCACCUUUUUCUCCCUGGGAACUACUUGUUUUUGCAGAAUAGGCUUUUAGCCCUUAAAAAAAACUGCUUAAAGAGUUUUUAAGCUAGCUCAGCAUUUCCCAGAGGGAAACAUAGUGAAAAGAUAAAAUUAUCAGUUUUGUUGUGUUGCCGAUUAUUUGUGCAAUAACUUUUUAAGUAGGAUAGGGACAAGUUGAUAUCAUCCCAGCAGCAACAAUCCAUCUUCUGCUCCAUUGGGUGUGCUGCCACUAUGCCAAGGUUCACUACAAUGUUCCUCGUAGUUUCCAGUGAUGGGGGAUGCUCUGUGCAUAGAGGGAUGCAGCAGCCUGCUCCGUUCCAGGUUGCAAAACCCACAUUAUUCAAUCUCUUGAUUGGUAAUGGUUGGUUGAAUGCACUGUGAUGCACUCAGGAGAGAGCUUGCAGGGGGAAGGGCUCAGCUGAAUGCUCUUGGGAUCACCUCCCACAUGCGUAGUUAUUUUUUUAUUUGGGCACAGGAACACUUCUACAAUACUCAAUGGCUGUGUUCGCAUGUAAAACUAAACAAUGUCUUAGGACCAUGGACUGUGGUUUAAAACAAACUGGUCAGUUUCAAGACAAACCAACUUUAGACUGUGGUUUCUGAAGCUGGCUUAUUAUAUGACCCAGAGUUUGUUUUAAGCCACAAUCCUUUGUCCAAAUGACAAGACUAGCUGAUGUUCAGGACAAUGGAAACGAAACUUUGGUGAAGUUCUUCUUCUGGUGUUUUGGGAGGAGGGGAAGUACGUGAGUUCAAGGCUCUUGCAGCUCCUUCCUGCUCAUGUACAUAAUGCUAAACCAUGAUUUAAUGUAUGAACGUAGCCAGUGAACCCUAAAAACCUAAUAUAAUUUUAUCUAUUUUUAUACUGCACAAUCUUUUUUAUGUACACUACAAGCUUCUGGUUUUCUUCCAUGCUGUGUGUGUAUGUGUUUAUUUUUCAUAGUUCUGGUCUCUAGAUUGAUGCUUCUAAUUUCAUUCCCUCCAGUUCUUUUAACACACAAUGAGACUACUGAUGGCAAACCAAAUGGCAAACGUAUAAUCCAUAAUUACGGCACAAUAUAGAAACUAAUCAGCAUUCAUUUAUUUUAUAUAUUAAUACACUAAUUGAAAUAUGCAUUAGUUUAUUCUCUAUUGAUGAACUGAUCUACAUGUUUUUUAAAAAAUAUGUGUCUAAUGUGUGUCACAACAGAUAUGAAACUAGAUCUAGGUGUGGCUGAACUAAUUGUGCAAAUGAAAAUACUACAUAGAAAGGCUGUUGUUGAUAAAUGCUUCCUACUGGCAUUUGUUAGUGUUUCUAGUUCUAGAGAAUAAUUCCCUGUUCUUUCAAUCUGUUGACCUUACAAGGAAAAAUUAGUAUAGUCUGUGUUCGGAUGUAAUGCUAAGGUAUGUUUUAUGGUUACAUUAACAAAAGUGCAGCAAGUCUCAGAGUUGCACACUCUCUUCUCCUUCAGUGUGGUCAUGAGGAAGAGAUUAGAAACGUCUACUUCCUUUUUUUUUAUUAACUGCAACUUGUUAUGUCUGAAUCUGGACAAAAUAUGGUUCAUGGGUUAUGAAGCUGGUUUGUUUCAGCAAACCAUAGUUGAAAUUAAGUACACUUUAGGGUUUAGACACAAAGUUAAACUGUGGUUAAUCAAAAACAGAAGUGAAAGCUUCCAAUCUCAUGCCUAUGCUACACCCCGUUCCUGUAAUGAUAAACCAUAGUUUAUCAUUUCAGGAACCAGCCGCAACAUGAUCAGAAGGAGAUAAACUAUAAUUUAUUAUUAUGCCGGAAGCAGUAUCUUUUGGUGAUAUCUAACCACAGGAGGAAGAUUAAACAGGAUAGUUGGUGACUUUAGUAUUAUUUCUGAUAAUACUACAUUGUACAGUUAUAUUAGAUUAUGGAGAGAAUGUAAUUGAAUGCAGAAACAGUAGUAAUAGCCCCAAACAUUGCCAUAAUCCUACAGAUGCAAGAUUGAAUCUUCCUGAUUUUUAAAAUCAUUUUUGUGACAAAUAUGCUGAGGCUGCCUUUCUCUAUCUGGAAGCAGUCUGAGAAGGUUCUGAUAGCCACAAUGUUGCACUAGUCAUCUACUAUAAUACUCCAUUUCAUAUGUAAUUAGUGAGAACAAAUCAAGCCUUUAUGUAUGAUAGCUUUUUUAAAAAAUAGUCACAUGAACAGUAUCAGAAAAACAAUGGAAGUAGACAACAGCAUUUUCCCCACCACCAGGCAUCCAAACAUGGUUAAGAGAGGGGAUUUUAAUGUGCUAUCAAGUAUGUGCCCGGGAACACUAACAACAGUUAUUCUGGUUUGCAGCAGGUAUCACUGUUUAUCAGCAACUCUCUCAUUGGAUAUGUUGUUGCUACCAAACCUGUACUGCAAGAAUGCAUGCUAAGACACAGGGAUUUUGAUGCUGUAAUCAGGCGCCCUUAGCAUGUGCGGGGCCCAGGGCAAAAGCGUAGUUGCCCCCCCCAUUCUUUCAGUGUAACAGAGACAGCUAUGAACAGCUUACAAAACUGUAUCAUUUCAAGACCAUUCCUGGGAAGGAAAAAGCCAACUGUGGUGCAAAUUCAGAAGUGUGACCUACAAAUUCCCAAGGAGCGCGAAAUGGUGGAAGACAUUUGCCCCAGUUAGCCCCAGCCUGGGGGGUGGAGGCGGCGACAACAUACGCUAUCUAUCCCUUGAAGGAAUGAAGCUGCCCGGUGGUUUUUUAUUUGCUUAAGAACUAGCCACAGGCCUGGGAGGGCAAGAAAAGCAGUCUACCCUUCAAGAAGAGGGCUGGGUGGGCUCCCAUUACCCCUCUUAUUAACGCCCCCCUCCAAUAUUGACCUUAAGUUUGAGCGUACACACGGGGUGUGUGUGAUAUAUUUACCCUUCCGUUGAAACAGGAGCAAAGGGCUGCUUCAAAUAGCAUUAAGACCCCCACCACAACCCCUUGCUCCCGUUGUGGAGAAAAAUUAUAUUACUAUCUGUCUUUCAAGGGACAUGUCUUAAAGGCGGCUGUUCUUCCUCUCUUUGAGCCCUUCAGACCCCAGCCCAGAGUAGCUGAGACCAGUGUUGUUAUUGCUACAACGUUCCUAAAGCCCACCUCACUUUCCUGUUGGGCUUAACGCUCAUGUUUUCCCCUUCCUCCUCUCGUACAGUACGCAAAUUGUGUAAACCUUUGCAUGCGCCUUGUGCCUGAAGGCCAAAGAAAGGCGAGAGGGGGAGCGAGAAGGGUUGAGGAGAACUUUGUAAACCUUUGCUCCAUUGCCGUUUGGUUUCUCGGGGGAAAGAAGUUCUGUGCAACGUCCCUCGCUCCAGAACCGGCGACAGGGGCUGCAAAUGCGAAUGCAACCUCUAUGGCUUUAUGAGAUUAUUCUCACUAAGGAAAGGGGAGGAAUGGUUGGCUUAGAAUAAACAUGUGUUUUAUCUCUUCCAAUGGUCGCCGGUUUCUGCGAAUUGUAUUGCUUUUACUCUGUCAGCGCUUCUCACUCUAUAUACGCAGAUCGCCAAGCGCAGGGGCCCCCAAAGCUUGGGGCCGGGGGCAACUGCCCUGCUUCCCGGUGCUUAGGGGCGGUACUGGCUGUAAUCACCACUGCAAGACUCACCUGGAGGAACAGUGGCAUCUGGAAUAGAAUCACCCAGUCAGACCCCACACAUAACCAGUGCUUUAUCUGCACAAAGCUUCCAACGUCUGUAGCGGAUCCAUUUCUCAUUUGCAUUGUUUCCUCAAAGGCUCUUUUCAUGCACUGUAUGCCACACAGCAAAAAACACUGUUUCCUUGCUACAUGCAUCUGUCUUCCAAGUUGUUAGAGCACACUGCAGUUUAUGCAUUCUUCCACACCACCCAGAAUUUUACUGGGGAAUGGUGCAUAUUUUGUAGUAGACGUUCUUCUAAAAUUAGCAGAUACUUUCUUUUCCUUGCAGAAACUCUGAGCUUUAAUACAGAGAUGGAUGUGAAUAAAUAUUUCAGAUUUUUUUAAAUGUAAAAUAUUGUGCAUAAACACCAUUUCCCCCUUUGUCAAUAAACUCUUAGUAUUGCAAAUCUAUUUUUCUUUUAACAAAUCUUACUCAUCUUGUGAUUUAAUCAGGAUCAAAAGAAUAAAUUCCCAGAGCAAAAGGGAGCUUUUAAACUUGUUUUUCUUGAAUAGCAGCUACCCUCAUGCAAUACUACUUUUAAAACUAAAAGGAGUUUCACAGUUAAUCAUAUGACUGUCCACAGUUGGGAGGAGGGAGAGCCAAAUUUCACAAAUAAACCCAAAGUCUCCAUCAUGUGUAGUUAUGUAUUUGUAGAUCUUCCCUGAAAGGAUAUACUGGUAUUAGGUUAAUUUAUAAACUUGUUAAUUUUCACUGCUGAUCAAUGAAAAUAGCACAGUGCAAUUAUCAAUAUAUUUAUGAAGUGUAUGUGCGUCCCCAAAUAAAUCUCCUAGAUAGAUUGUGAUAUAAAUUGCAAUAAUGUGCUGUACAUGUGUUAGCAGCUGCAAUCAGUUACUGCUUCUUGAUAUGCACAAAUAUGAUGCAUAUUUGUAUCAUAUUGAUUUGCACAACUGCUGGCUAGAGUAAAUUUGUGCACUACUAAAAGGACAUCUCCAGUAUAGAGUCUAAAUAACAGCCAAGAGCUGAGUAGCAGCUUGUUUUGUCUAUGGUCUAACUCAAUCUUUUAUCUGUGAACUACGUGCCCCAAAACAAACUACAACAGGCACACAAAGCAGUACUUGUACCUCUGUUUUUUGUAUUUGGGAACUCAUUUACAUUUCUUCUUCUUCACAUCAUAUGAGCAAAAGACCAAUGUAUCAUCAGGUGUGCGCAGAGGUGGGAAGAGGUAUUGUGAGAUAGGGUACCAAGGGACAGAGAAGAGUGCUCUUCCUAAAUUAUCAUGUUACUCACUGUGUUAAUACUGUAUUCUUCACAUAUAUUUAAUCCAUGUGACAUGUCAGCCUAUUAUAAUUGGGUACAUUCAUUUUAAAACUCCAGAUUAGACUUUGGACUAUUUCUGCAAUAGUUCUCCUUAAUGGAAGCAUUCACUAUUUUUAGUCUUUUUUUUCAGAUUUAAGAUAACGGACAGGGAUCCAAAGAAGAAUAAUGUAACAAGUUCUGUGCACCUAAGGUGAUUUAGGCUUCACAUUUCUCUGAUAGUAGCUUAACCCCUGCUCCAGCUCACAUGUCAAAUCAGUUUUGAAACUAAGGGAAAAUUCAGUAGCAAUUCUGCUUAUCAGAAGGAAAAGGCUACUUGCAUAUGAACCUUGAAUAUCUUGAAUAUCCUUAAUUAUUUUUGUUUGUUUUUGGAUCUUGAUCUUCAUCGAUCCGUGGAUUCUGCCAUAAUGGCCAAUAUUGAUCCCCUGUCCUCAUCCAGUCCAAAGUUAAGCACUUAAGCCUUGUCAGUUUUCAUGGGUUUUCAUAUUUUUCAGUUUUCAUAUUAAAGAUGUUCCUACUUAGUUUGUUGAAUUCAAGUAAGACUUUAAAUGGUUCUAAUUUUGGCAACAUGGAUUGUACCCAUAGUUUUGGUUGCAUGCAUGUGCCUUUCUGGUUUCCCUGAGUAGAUGCAGAAAAGGGAUGUCACUCUAAUUAUACAGAGUACAUAAAUCUUGAGGUUCUUGCUGCAGAUCUCUCAGUGUCUAAGGAAUCUGCAAUCUUUAGUGAAUGGUCAUUCACUGAAACAAAAAGCACAGCACUGGCCUUGAGCAUUGAAUCCAUCCUCAGGCUUGCCUCUUAUUUUUUUAUAACAUCUUGGGUAUUGUCACAUCUAAGUAUACUUCAAUACGUACGUUAAAGGUUCCCCUAGCCUGUGCUCUCUAAAUUGACAUUUACUUGGAACUAUAACUUGAAUAUGUUGCUUUGAUGAAGCUCAGGCUUUUGAGCUCUUAGGCAUACAAUAUAUACAGUAUUUCAGAAGUUUGCAAUGCCUGAUCAACACAUUCAGAUUAUUUUAUCAGAAGAGAGACUCUUACUUUGGAUAUUUUCAUUGUUUAAAAAUAUAUUGUAGCAUAUUUUUAUUACAUUAUAGCUGAUAGUGAUUUAGAUUGAAUAGCAAGUACACUAAAAAUUAGAUUUCAUAGCUUACACCUUGUGUCCUUUAUGCCAUCAUUAGUUUAUCCUUACACCAUGCGCUUUCAUUAAAGCGCUGUUGAUGCAUCUGGACAUUAAAUAUGUUCAUCUGCACUAUGAAAAGCAAUGUGCCUGCACCCUAUCUUUAGGGUCUAUAUAGAGAUGGAGUGCAUCCUCUGCCGGUUUCUAUGUUGCUCCUGAAACCAGUGAAGCUUCUGGUUUUGAUGGUGUGAUUUGUAAUGGGGACCAAUUUUUUUCUAGUAGAUAGGCUGCCAUCACCGUUAUUUUCAUGCCCAUUCCUCAUCUGACUGUGGCCUGUUGCAGAUGUACCACUAGCUCCCUACAAAGCAUGGGUUUCAAAUCUCAAGAAGCAUGAACUUGCUCCCCCUUCCUUUCUUUCCAGCAUCAGCUAUGACCUUGCAUAACAAUAGUUUGCAGUGGUGCACAUGUAAACACAAACAUAAUCCUGGUUUGUAAACCCACUUCAACCUCUGGUCUACAAGGGGACUGUGGUUGGUACUGAUGCACGUGUAAUAGACAACCACAACUCCAGGAAGGUAAUGAAAGGAAAGUCAUUUUGAGGAGAAGAAGAGGAGGAGCACAUGAUUUGUAAGCCAUGGUUUGUAUGAAAGUAGCAUUACAUCUGCAUUGGGUGGCUGUCUCCACUAAACAGCGAGGAUUGUGCCUGAUUCCCACAUUGUUUUUGUAAAAGAUGCACAGGUCCACACUUAUGUAUGGAGAGAUGCAUAAUGUGGAAAUACCUGUGUGAGUAUGUGUGUAUGUCUACUAUUAUAUACAUUAGGAAGUAAAUGCAUGGUUUGGCUUCCCAGUGGUGAAGAGGACAAAAACAAAUCCCACUGUACAGUGUGUUUUUCUCACUGUACAGAAUACUCGUACCUUCAUGUACAAGCCUUGGUCAGCACUGGCAAAAAUGUAAUGCUAGAAUCUAACUUCAUGCAGGGAUCUUUGAAAUCAACUGAAUUAUUGAUUUCUGACCAUAAAUUAAUAAUAUUUUUUUAACCAGGAUCUACAUCCAUUGUUUACAUGCUUCCUUUGUUUUGCACUUCUAAGAGAAAACUUGUAUUAUAAUUUGUAUAGCUGAAUUCAAAAUCCAUGUUUUUUGCAACAAGUGCAUUUUAGGAUCAAGAUCAUAUCUGAAGUAUUCAGUUGGAAAUUGUUUUGUAAUUCUAAUAUAUUUUCUAUUGCCCACUCAGAGAUUCAGGAGAGAAAUAUAGUAGGUUCCUAGUAUAUUAACUGAAAGUUCACUUUUAAACUCAAAUAUAAAUUGAAUUAUAAGAUAUGUAAAGUUAAACCUUGUUCAGAUAUUCUGUUCAACAGACAGUGUUGGCCUUUAACGCUUGCAUUGAGACUGAUGCUCACAUAGCCCAGCAUGUGUAGGACUGUACUAUGUAGUCUGUACUACAUCAUCUGUACACUCUAAUUUUGUGGUAUACAGAUAUUAUGGUUUGGUCUUUGUAGGUUGAACUCUGCCUUCUUGUAAAUGUGACACCUAAUUUAUGGACAUCAGAGGAACCUGGGGCAGCAAGCUGUUGUGAUCUUGCUUACCUACUGCCCAUUGGAUCAAAUGUCUGUACAAGGAUACUUUCUACUAUUGACCUGAGCGGUACUUACAGCAUUUCCAAACCACUUAUGUAAAUGUAGCCCCAUUCAGUUCCAGGGGAAAAAAAUACUGCAAUAAUUCUGUCUGUUCCUUAUCUACAACCAGUUUGAGAUGAAGCACUAAGCCCAAAGAACAUGUUGUGCUGGAGAUCCAUGAUCAGAAAUACUGACAGUCGUUUAAGACCUAGAACACCUUAGAGCAGCCUUUCCCAACCAGUGUGCCUCCAGAUGUUGGACCACAAC